AGCCGCUGCAGUGUCGUUCCUCCGCCGCUAGGGGUCAGUGAGCGGCGCUCGCCGCGUCCCUGCUCGACUUCCGGUCGGGCUCUUUUUCUUUCUCUUCCGCUCUUCGGAUCAUCAUGGGCCACGUCAGGACCAAGACGGUGAAGAAGGCCGCUCGGGUCAUCAUCGAGAAGUACUACACCCGCCUGGGCAACGACUUCCACACCAACAAGCGCGUGUGCGAGGAGAUCGCCAUCAUCCCCAGCAAGAAGCUGCGCAACAAGAUCGCCGGGUAUGUCACACAUCUGAUGAAGCGCAUCCAGAGAGGUCCGGUCAGAGGAAUCUCCAUCAAACUGCAGGAGGAGGAGCGCGAGCGCAGAGACAACUACGUGCCCGAGGUUUCUGCUCUGGACCAGGAGAUCAUCGAGGUCGACACCGACACCAAGGAAAUGCUCAAGCUUCUGGAUUUCGGCAGUCUGUCCAAUCUUCAGGUGACUCAGCCUCCUGUCGGCAUGAACUUCAAGACCCCGCGCGGCGUCUGAACAUUUGUAAUAUAUCUCUUAAUAAAAUUUGGGUCAAACCAA